AUGAUGCUUUCUUCUGUGCUUCCUUUUUCCCCCAUUUCUGCUAAAUCAUGCUCCACAAUGCAAUCCCUAACGGUUUCUAACCGCCUUGUGGUUCCUUCUUCCGGUAGCCGUUUAUCUCCGGCGAGGCUCGCCGGAGUUUCAGUUUGUCGUGGUGGUCGUCGUUUACUCCCUUGUGCUACAUUGAGGUCUUCUUCAAUCUCAGUUUCAUCUAUUGGUGAAGAAAAUGAUGGAAGAAGGAGGUUUGUUGAGGAUUCGAAAAGUGGAAACUUGGUUCCUAUCUAUCGGUGUAUAUUCGCUGAUCAGCUUACUCCUGUUCUUGCUUACCGGAUCUUGGUUGAUAAGGAUGACCGGGAAGCUCCGAGCUUUCUUUUUGAGUCUGCUGAGCCUAAUUCUCAGUCUUCCAAUGUGGGGCGUUAUAGUGUUGUGGGAGCUCGACCAUCAAUGGAAAUUGUUGCAAAAGAAAAUAAGGUUACAGUGAUGGACCAUGUCUCUGGUCAUUUAACUGAGGAGAUGGUUGAUGAUCCUAUGGAGAUUCCCAGAAAAAUCUCACAGGAGUGGAGACCAGUUCUUAAUGAUCAACUUCCAGAUGCAUUCUGUGGUGGUUUGGCAGGUUAUUUCUCUUAUGACACAGUUCGCUAUGUGGAAAAGAAAAAGCUAUCAUUUUCAGACGCCCCAAAGGAUGACAGGAGCCUCGCAGACAUCCAUCUGGGCCUUUAUGAGACUGUGAUUGUGUUUGAUCACGUGGAGAAGAAAGCAUAUGUGAUUCUUUGGGUGAGGACUGACCGGUACUCCUCGGCCGAGAGUGCUUACGAGGACGGAAUGAAACAAUUAAACAAAUUAGUGGCCAAAUUACAAGAUGACAAACACCCGAGGCUCGCUCCUGGUGCUGUUGGUUUGAAAACUCGUCAAUUUGGUCCACCUUUAAAGGAAUCAACCAUGACACCUGAUGCAUAUAAGGAGGCAGUCCUUCAGGCAAAAGAACAUAUUAAAGCCGGAGAUAUUUUUCAGGUUGUAUUAAGUCAGAGAUUUGAACGAAGAACUUUCGCUGAUCCAUUUGAAGUUUAUAGAGCUUUGAGAGUUGUGAAUCCAAGUCCAUAUAUGACUUAUUUGCAGGCUAGGGGAUGUAUUCUGGCUGCUUCAAGUCCAGAGAUUCUUGCACGUAUAAAAAAUAAGAAGAUUGUCAAUCGUCCAUUAGCUGGGACAUGUAAAAGAGGCAACACGCCACAAGAAGAUGAAGAGUUAUCAGCGAAGCUCUUGAAAGAUGAAAAGCAAUGUGCAGAACAUGUAAUGCUGGUUGAUUUGGGACGCAAUGAUGUAGGGAAGGUCUCGAGAAGUGGUUCUGUGAAGGUUGAGAAGCUUAUGAAUGUUGAAAGAUAUUCCCAUGUCAUGCACAUAAGCUCGACGGUUACUGGAGAGCUGCAAGACCAUUUGACCUGCUGGGAUGCUCUGCGUGCUGCAUUGCCUGUUGGAACUGUCAGUGGAGCACCAAAGGUGAGGGCCAUGCAGAUAAUCGAUGAAUUGGAGGUGGCAAGGCGGGGACCUUAUAGUGGAGGAUUUGGAUACAUUUCUUUCUCUGGUGACAUGGACAUAGCUCUAGCUCUACGGACAAUAGUAUUUCCAACUGGAACUAGGUACGACACAAUGUACUCAUACAAGGACCAAAACAAACGCCAGGAGUGGAUUGCUUACCUUCAAGCUGGUGCUGGUAUCGUGGCCGACAGUGACCCAACUGAUGAGCACCAAGAGUGUCAAAACAAAGCUGCUGGUCUUGCUCGCUCCAUCGACUUGGCUGAGGCAGCAUUUGUUGAUAAAUAA